UCCAUUUUUAUGUUGAUUCGUUGAUUCGGUUAUUGUUUGACGUGGGAUGGAUUGUUGGAUAUCGGUUAUAGGUUAUAGAUAAACAAUUAGAUAGCCGAGGUUUACACGUUGCACGUAUGUUUUUGAAAGUCCCUGAAUCGAUCAAAUAGUUUAUCAAAAAUGAAACAAUUGCUUCAAAAUCGAAAUGUCAUUUGUGGACUGUAUUUAGUUUUUUAUGUCUUUUGCGCUAAUAGUAUGUCAAAUGACGAAGGCUCAUGUCAGUCCUACGCAGGAGGAACUGUUUAUCCUCAAGGAACAGAUAAAUCUGAUCACAAACUACAGUGGACGAAAGCUGUUAUUUCUAGGCCAGCGCCACAAUGGCAAGGAACCGCGGUAGUGAAUGGUGAAUUCAUAGAACUAUCACUAAAAGAUUUUGAAGGAAAAUAUUUAGUAUUUUUCUUCUAUCCAAUGGAUUUCACAUUUGUAUGCCCCACUGAAAUUCUUGCAUUUUCUGACCGAAUUGAUGAAUUCCGUGAAAUAAAUACAGAAGUCGUAGCAUGUUCAGUCGACUCUCAUUUUACACAUUUGGCAUGGAUGAACUCACCACGAAAAGAAGGUGGUCUUGGAAAAAUAAGAAUUCCAUUAUUAUCAGAUCUUACUCACACAAUUUCAAAAGAUUAUGGCGUAUAUUUGGAAGAUUUAGGCCACACUCUUCGAGGACUUUUUAUAAUUGACCAAAGGGGAAUUUUAAGACAAAUUACUAUGAAUGAUUUACCUGUUGGGCGUUCAGUUGAUGAAACCUUAAGGCUUGUACAGGCAUUCCAGUUUACUGAUCUGCAUGGUGAAGUUUGUCCUGUAAACUGGAAACCAGGCCAAGAUACGAUAAUUCCAAAUCCUAUUGAAAAGAAGAAAUAUUUCGAAAAGGCUGACUCUAAGACAGGUUCAUCAUAGUUUAUAGUUUGAAAUACAAUUUUAAAUAAAAGCUGGUUUAUAAUAAAUUUGAUAUUUUAUUAAA